AUGUUCAACCUUGAUGUGCCGCUAGCGCCAGCGAUCGAUGCGUUUGUGAAUCCAGAAAACGAUGAUAGCUCGCAGAAGACUGGCCUUAAUACUGUUAUUAUGCAAGUGCAUCGACAAGUAACCAUAGAAGCUCUAAUUCAGGCCUUGGGUGUCCAUCUUACCAGUGGCGACGACAAGGUGCGAUCGCGAGCCACGCUAUUGCUGGCCGAAGUGCUCACUCGCCUUCCAGAGCUACAACUCAUGCCCAGCGCUGUGCAGCUUCUUUUGAACUUUUUUGCCGAUCGAUUGGCUGACUUUCCUAGCGCCUCUGCUUGCCUCCGCGGGUUACUUGCGCUCGAGACGCACCACGCGGCACAGAUCCCUUCGCCGCGCACGACUAUAUCGCUAAUGGUGAAGCUAGGCAGCAUUCUACAUAUUCCACAGUUGGGACAGGCGAUGCGCAAGAUGUGUUUUGACCUAUUCAAUCUCACGCUGGCACAGCCUAUGGUCAUUGAGCUGCUACGGAACUCGGUAACUGCCGACAGGAAUACACAAGACACCAUGGUUGAUGAUGCAAAGCAGAAUGAAGACUUUGGUCGUCAAUUCACACAAACGUUUCUGACUGCCAUGGAAGGGGAAAAGGAUCCACGCAACCUGCUACUGUGCAUGCAUGUAGCGCGUACUCUUCUAUCUCAGCUAGAGCUUGUGUUUUCUUGCAACACUUUACUAUUGCAGCAAUAUUUUGACAUUGUAUCAUGCUACUUCCCAAUUAUAUUUGCUCCUCCACCAAAUGAUCCGUACGGUAUUACAUCGGACAGCCUCAUCUUGUCGCUGCGUCACGCUUUCGCGGCUUCGGACUUGUUAGCACCAUUUGUGGUACCGUUCUUGCUAAAAAAGCUUUCGUCUACAGUCGCCGAAGCGAAGCUGGAUGCUAUUCAGACACUGGUUUUCUGUGCUGAACGCUAUUCAAUAAACGUGUUGCUGCUUCAGAUAGAAGCGAUUACCAUUGCAUUAUAUGACGAAGUUUUAGACGGUGGGAAGCAAGAAGUUAUCGCCGAAGCUCUCCAAGCAAUCUCGCGGUUUUCUGGAGUUGUAGCGCGUGCCAAGACCCAGGAAAUACCGGGAGCUACUUACGCAUGGAGGUUGUUUGUCGUGGAAAUGACGGCACGUGCCGUUGGCGAAUUGCGCGGCCAUGCUGCUGACUCGAUGGUAAGCGUGUCAGCGGGACAGGUGCUGGCCGCACUGGGACGCGAAUCGUCUUUGAGUUUCGCGCAUGUACUUCAAAUUGCUAUCCCGCUGCUUAUAGAGCAGUUUAAGAUCGAAAGCACAGGAAGUGGCAGCGAGACAUCUAGGUGCGAAGCUGCUCUUGGACGAAUUCUUCUUCUUGUCGAUAGCAUUGACCGAGAAAUCGAUCAGUCAUGCCAAGCACAACCUAUGCGACCCUACGCACCUGUAUUGAUUAACGCUCUUGUGACCUUUCUAGGCGGUGAUGAAGACAACGCGAUGGAGUCUGGUACUAGUCCCACAGCACGAUGUGUGGCAGUAGAAGCUCUGUGUCACCUUCUCACGUUUCCGCCAUCCCCGAUUGUCGAUGUCAUGCAGGUUAGGACUCUUGUUACAUUAUUCACCCGUAUGCUGCUUCUGGAUCCUGCACUUGAGGUGCGCAACGUGUGUUUACAAAGUCUGAAGGGGAUAUCGACCGUGUUAACCGAAAACUCUAUUACGACGAUAAGCCCUGGGGAAUUAUCGACGCACAGUGGUUAUGCAGUGUUUGUGGUCGAAAUCUCCUUGGCUCGACUCAUGGCUACAGUCAACGCAUGUGCUUGCAACGCAGACGGAAAUGACGAAGAUAAUGCUGACGUAUCCGCUAUAAUUUCUGCCUCGAAUCGUGAUUUUAAUUCCUUGUUUGACGAAGUUUUAGUGGCAAUCACCGAGUUGUGCCGAGAGUCAUCUGUUUUUCAGGCUACAAUUGUUCACCUUAUCGACUUGUGCGUCGAAAGAGAUGAUAGGAAACAGACUGACAUUGGAUUCUAUGAGGCUGACGGCGACGAUACUCGUCAGCGUCAUCUGAACCGUAUAUUAGAGGCUGUUGCUGAGAUUGUCGAGAUUAACAACGGCGAUCGUAAAAGCAUGGAGAUCUGUGUGAAUUCAUCGUCGUCAACGUCUAUCAUUUUUCGACUACUUACGGCAGUCGAGACUUCUGCAACUCGUGCAACGGCUUUAACUGGCAACGACAAAUUGAGCUUUGUGGACAACGCGAAGCUGUCAGCAUGUGCUCGAAUUUUUCGUGCUGUUAUGCAAAAUGUGUCUUCAGCCACACAACAGCGAUUAAUUGAUACAAUGGUACCAGCUUUCUUACGCACACAGCCCUCUGAACCAGCUUUUAUACAACUCGUACCGCUAUUUGCUGCAGUCAUAAACUCUGUCGCCCGAAAUGUUACCAUUCUCGAUUUAUCGCUGGUUAUUAACAGAUUGCUUGAGCUUGCGCAGUCGUGCGCUGUUGCGGUGCUUGAGGCAAAAUCCCAUCAGCUUCAAAAUAUAUUUUCCGACGCUGCUGACUCAGCAGCUAAAGCUUUAGCUUCAAUCGUAAACAAAAUGCCCGACGGUGCUGAUUUUGAUUCUACAGUCAACAUGCUGCUGUAUCAAAAACUCGCCGCUGUGAUCAGUAAAUCUGUCGAAAGUCUUACGGUGCGGGUGGCUGCUUUGCAGAUCUACGCCUGGAUUGUAAAGGCUUUGGUCCUCCGAGGCAACACGAUCCAUGCAGCAGAGUGCCUACGCUUCCUCUGUAAUUUUCUCACGCCAGAAGGACGAAAAAUUGAUAGUUACGUGAAUAUGGAGGAAGAAUGCGCCAACGACGCACAAGCUGCAGCGCUGCGUAUGGAAGUUGCGCGAACCUUUAAACUUCUGGUUUCGGAUUACCCAGACGUGCUUAACCGCAAGUGCGGGGCUAUCGUUAUGUUUCUCUACCGACAGCGGAUGUUUAACGUUGUGUUUCCGAUGCUGCUUGAUUACAUUCAAUUUCACAAAGGCGAGGAGACAAGCGUGGCCGCUAUGGUAGCGCUUGCACAAGUAAUCGCACACUCACCCAAGACCGUCUACUUGCCGCAUUUAGCUCAAAUCUUUCCGCUAAUGGUGCAUGCCCUCAAGACAGACGACCGCGAGCUAGGAAGUGCAGCAAUUCAAACCUUUAAAUUGCUGCUGUUGGAGUCAGUGGAAAGCGCAAAGCCUUUCCUAAAAGACGUAUUUCCCGGUCUGCUCAAGCAAGCACAAUUCGGACUUGGCGCAAAAGACCGACAUGCCGCGCUGGAAUGUCUUGCUAAACUGGCCAACAUUCCGUAUGAACUAGUGCAUCCAUACAAAAGUGUUGUGUUGCAAAAACUGUUGCUGGUGCUUGAUGAUCGCAAGCGCCUCGUUCGUCAUAUGGCCGUUCGAGUGCGAAAUCAAUGGAGCAUCUUGUAG